ACCACGUGACCUGUGUUUACAUCCUCUUCUCAGCUGUUUCUUUCUUCUUCCACUUCGACACAACUGCUUGCUGUUGCUACUUUAUCUCUCCAACCAACCAGCUGGUUAGUUAGCGCAGUAAACUAGUACUUAACCAAUUGAAGAAGCUGCUGGUGUGUGAAAGUAGCUGUCACUGACCGUCGCACUGAACAGCACUUUACGAGGAAUGAGUAAAUGCGACACGGCAUUGUCACUUGCUGCCUGGACAUGAACUCUGUCUGAACUGACACACGAGGAGCCACAGCGGCAGCACAGCCGUUCAUCUCCAUGCACCUCUGAGGACGAAACAGUCAUCCUGAAUACGAGUUCACCCCUUAGGGUUCCUCUGCUCUUUUCACCAUGGGGGGAGCUGUGAGCGCCGGAGAGGACAAUGACGACCUAAUUGAUAACCUGAAGGAGGCUCAGUAUAUCCGCACAGAAAAAGUCGAGCAGGCGUUUCGGGCCAUAGACCGCGGUGACUACUAUUUGGACGGCUAUCGGGACAAUGCCUACAAAGAUUUGGCCUGGAAGCACGGUAACAUACACCUGUCUGCUCCGUGUAUAUACUCCGAGGUGAUGGAGGCACUGAAACUGCAGCCGGGACUUUCUUUCCUCAAUCUGGGCAGUGGAACCGGCUACCUGAGCACAAUGGUUGGCCUCAUCAUAGGGCCAUUUGGUGUAAACCAUGGAGUUGAGCUCCACAAAGAUGUCGUUGAAUAUGCCAGAGAGAAACUGGAUGACUUCAUAAAGAAUAGCGACAGCUUUGAUAAGUUUGAGUUCUGUGAACCUGUCUUUGUGGUGGGGAAUUGCCUUGAAAUCUCCACAGACAGCCACCAGUACGAUCGCAUUUAUUGUGGCGCUGGAGUGCAAAAGGACCAUGAAAAUUACAUGAAAGUACUGCUCAAAAUUGGAGGCAUUCUGGUGAUGCCUAUAGAGGAUCAGCUGACCCAGAUAACCAGGACUGGCCAGAGCACGUGGGAAAGCAAAAACAUCUUGGCGGUGUCCUUUGCCCCCUUGGUCCAGCAGAGCAGAGCUGAUGGAGAGAAGCCCGACACUGUCCAUCUGCCCCCAGUGACUGUCCGCAGCCUUCAGGAUCUCUCUCGGAUCUACAUACGCCGCACUCUCCGAAACCUGGCCAACGAGGACAGCCAGGGAAAGGGGACGACGCAGAGAGUCCCCCAGAAGCGCAAACGCAGGCGCUGUCGCAGGCGACGCAUCAACACUUACGUUUUUGUAGGCAACCAGCUGAUCCCGCGGAUGGUGGAGAGCGAAGAGGAGGAGCACACCGAGGAAGAGCACAAAGAGGUGGAGGAAGAGGAGGACAGAGACAUUGGCGACAUUGAAAUCCUCAAGCAAGUGAACGUGUUGAGAGACCAAAUAAUGGCUUUACCGCUGCCUGAGUCACUGAAGGCAUAUUUGCUGUAUUACAGAGAGAAAUGACUUAUUCACUUGAUAUCCCUUCUUAAUGGGUGCAGCGAAAUGCUGAAAUGCUUUUCUUCAUCUUUUUUCAGUACAAAUGUAGCAUUAUUUCCACUUAAUCUUGAUGGCAAAACUGUAACGGAAAGAGACGUCACAGAUAAUAUUGGAUAAUAAUGUUAUGAUUGUCCUGAGUGUUAAUUUUUUUUGUUGACAUGUUUGUUUGUUUGUUUUUCUUUUGGUUUAUAAAUGGAAAAAAAUAUAAAGUAAAUGAAAAUAGUUUCAAAAAUCAAUUUUGAGAUUCAGAUUUUAUCGCAAUGUCAGAAUUUCUGCAGAAAUGUGCAGAUUAAAAAUUGUAUUAAAAAAGAGUUCUUACUAUAUUUGUUAAAAUACGAUCAUGCUAAGUUGAAGACUUUUAUUGCACCUUUUUUAGAAGCUUUAACUUACUUUCAGUGUGUGAUGAUUUAAUGAUACUGAGAGGAGACACUGAAAGGCAAAUAAAGCCACUUUCUCCCAUUUUUUUUUUUUUUUCUUUUUUUUUUUUUUUUUUUUUGUUAAAGAGAGUUAAAGAGUAAGAUGUCCGAUAAGCCCGAAUGGGGCACGUAUGUCAUUACUCUUCUUGGUAUUUCAUUUCAGGUUAAUGUGUUUUAUAACUUCCUAUUACAAGAGUUCACUGAAAGACCAGAGUGGUUCAUAAUUUUUUCUACAGGGCACCUUUUAAUGAAACUUUUUCUACAGGGUGCUGACAUUCUUGUUUCCUCACUACUACCUGAUCUGAUUGGCUGUCGCGGGCCUCCUUCUCUCUUUUUAUUUUGCCCUGUUCUGGAUUCUUAUAAUAUAAUGAUGUAAUUCUUAGUAUUUGAAUAAACCACAUCAGAGGUUUAAAAUAAGGGUGACAUGGAUACGAUGGUGAUUUAAAUAUUCACCUAAUUUCGAGGGGAACUGGUGAAGGCAUGAUGUUCAUCCAUAAUGAAUACAUGCAUGAAUAUAUUGUAUAUGGGUGUUCCUGACUUUGCUCCUUGUGAUUGGUCACUGGAGGUGAUGUCCCAAGUGAUCAAACUUUGAAAUGUUUCUUUACAAAUGACAACAAAAAAGGUUUCAAGAUGGUGAACCAGAUUGAUGGCCUUGACACAAAUCUCGAAUUCUGUAUAGUACUUUUCUUUUUUUCUUUUUUCUUUUUUUAAACAAAAUCAACAACAAUGCAAAAUCUGACGCCUUUUGUAUCACGGACAACAAAGCACCUUAAUCUGCAGUCCUCAAGACAGAGAAAAAAGGAAAAAAAAUAAAAAUAAAAAGAUGACUUUUUUUGGGCUUCAUUUGUAUUGUGGACUGGACUUAAUGUAAUGUAAAUCCUCUUUAAGUACAAUUUGCUUGCAGAACCUUCCUGAUAGUGAUGACUUUUAAGUGCCAACAUCCCUCGCCCCAUCACAUUAGGACUUCUGUGAGUUUUCCAGCACAGUAAAUUUCCCCCAUAAAGGAUGAUAUAUUUCUACAAAAACAUUCCACAGUGAAAAAAACAAAAAACAAAGAAAAAAACCAACAAAAAAAAAAAAAACAAAGAAGAAAAAAAAGGGGGGAAAAACCCUAAAAACAAAACGGCACAUCACUGAUCCGACAGGUCACCGUUUUUCUUCACGCUUUACCAUCACAGCAUUUGGAAAGUUCCUUCAUCUUACUUUGAAUGCAUAAAUUUAGUAUUCCAAAAGCUGAGUUGAAUGUUGUUGAUAUUAAUUCUAUUCAAUAUUAAAGUGAUAUAUCUAUAUAUGUAUUGUUAUCAUAUGAUUCUGCAUACAGUUGAAUUAAGUUGCAGUUGAUUUGUUGUAGCGCCCUCUUGCUGUACUGUAUCUUGACACUGGGAACUCUGUAGAUCAAAUCUCCACUGCUGUCUGUUAAAUAGAUAAGAUAUAUUAGUGCUGUAGGUCUUCAUUUUGUUCUGGUGUAAUGACGAAUAUUUUGUUUGAAAACGGGGCUGGUUAUUCUAUUUAGUAGUUUUUGUGUGUGAAGAGGUAACAUUUAUUUUCUGUAAGGCUUUUUUUUUUUUUUUUUAAUAGAUUAAUUCAUUGCAGAGCUGUGCAAGUAAGCAAUAAUGGAAUAAUUUCUCAGCUUAUAAUUACCAAUAACAACAUAGUCCCAUUUUAUUUGCCUGGUAUCCAUUAAAAUUCACAUGACCAAUUACAGCCAUGCAACAGUUUAUAUACCAUUAUCGAAAAUGUAAUUGCUAAUUAGCGAGCACAUUAAGUAUUGAAAGCAGGGGACCUACAACCUCGACUCUCAGGUCGCGCCUUGCACCAAAGUUAAUGGGACUGCUGUGAUUACAUUUAAUGUGGAUGAGAUUCGACUACAAAAAUGGCAGCCGGUAAAUACCAAGUCAUAACCAAUUAUGUGCUCUUAUAUUAAGAUCAUUUGUUCAGAGCCAAAAGAGUUCUAUUCCUGUUUUUUUUGUUAGCUUUUUUUUUUUCUUCAGGCAUAGGUUGAUUACUCAUAGUGUGUGCAGUUCAUUUUGAAAAUGUGGUGUUUCUCCGUAACGUUUGGCACAAAAAUAAAGGUCACGAUCACAUUA